CAGAGUCCAGUAUGAGUCGGACCGCGUGAGAUACUGGUUGCAUAGCGUCCGUGGUGCUGGUGCGGUGCUCGUUGGUUGUUCCAGCUAGUGAAAAGCUUAUCAGUGCUUUUGCAACACUCUCUGCCAGCAACCUGCCUAUCGUUCUGCAAAGCGUAAGGUUAUUAAUGCAGUUGUGUCCUUAAGUGAACUCAAGAAGUCUACAGCUGGGAUUCGCACUGUGGUGGAAUGUUAACAUUCUUUGCAAAAAGCGCUGUGCCCUUGGGAAUGUGAAUACGCGCGUAUGUGUGUGUGUGUGUGCGUGCGAGAGUCUGAGUGAAGUGCAUUCCGAAUAACAGGUGCUCCUGAGGCGGAUGCUCUUUACGGUUGUGGCUUGAGCUGCAAAACCCAGGUUAAAAUACGGUGCAUUUUCCACGAUUCUAGAGCUGCAGCUCUCCGCGAUUCCAACACCCGUCCUACGGGACAAUUAAUGCAAUUAGCUGUUAAUCUGCGAGCUCGGUUGAGCAUACUCGGUUAACGUUUGUGUUGGUGCUGGAUGGGGUGGUGUGUGAUCUGAGAAUAUACUAAAGCUCCCAGCAACUGGAGCUACAGGCGUUGAAAGCGAGUUGUAAUUAGUGCGAGGGAAGUACGAGCUGCUUAGUGCGACGUACCCGCUCGUUUGUCGAUGACUCAGAAGAAACGGGCAAAGACACACAAGCACGCCCCAGCUGCUUUUGGUGCUGAAUCUUCGCUUGCUGAAGUCCAUCGAAUCAUACUACAACCGCAGGCGCAAAGGCGGCGGAAGAUUCUACACUUUGAAGCACAUCCAAUAUUAGUUGGUACGCUUGCAUCUUCAGCACGUCGCAAAACGGACCGCAUCUGCCAAAUGAACAUUGUUCGAAUUGUUGUGCACGACUGCUGACGAGAACGGCUUCAUCCAUCACUGCACUCACAUAGCAUUCCCAAGGCAUCUCUGCCUGCAUCCGGGGGUGCACAACGUUCGGUGCACCACAAAUGCAUCUACAACUGUCAGAGUGCAUCGCAGGACUCGCAGGGCUCGUACAGCAGUGAAAGGUCGUGGACCAGGUUUAUGCAACGCAAUAUGUAAGUGAGCGAACGCAUUCAUCAGUGCGGUCGUCAUGAAUAAAUCAUUGCAACGAUUUACCUUCCUUCGGACAUCCGAGCGCCCAGAUGGAGCGGACCGGCCCACAGUAUGGCCGGGUUACGUACUGCCCGUACAGUGAUUCCAGCUCCUCGGAGCUCCAGUCCUACGUGCGUCCCUUCGACACGGUACGGGCGCUGCACGAAACGGUCGUCUCGCUGCGUACCGCUCUCGAAGAGUCGCGCCGUGAAGUUGACCAGCUACGGCAACAGAUAAACGUACGGGAAACGGUUGAGCAAGGGCGAAACAGUGCCGGUUUCCGUGGGACCGAACUGUCCGAUAGUCGAAGUAAGCCAGUACACUCUACUUUCGGUGUAGAAAACCCAUCCACAUCAGGGCUUUUAAGGCAGCCGGCAAAUCUCAACGUUAGCCGUGAAACAUGUGAAGACGUCUCGACAGCUGCGACUGAGGAUAAAAAGUCCAAAAAGUUAAAGAAACGGAAGGUUAAAACACAGCCACUACCACCACCACCGGACGAGAGCUGCUCUAGUCUAGUAACGGUAGAGGAAGAGGCCAAAGUGAUUGAAGAUCCAGUGCGACCGAAAAAAGCGACGGCCAAGGAUGGUAGUUCUACGGCACAUCAGAAAGUGUCCGUAGUACCUGACAUACAGAUAGUUUCGCACCCCGGUGGAGGCACCCAUUCGGCCAUGGCAUCACGAAUAGACGUAAAGAUAAAGGUUUCCUCCAACAUCAACAUGGACGGAAGCAGUUCCGAGGCGGAGAGUUCCGAAUGUCCAAAAGAAUCUCCUACGACGCCCGAACCGGCAGCUGAUCAAACGCCAGAAGAGGACGAAAAGACGAUUGCCGAACCGGAAGAGCGUGGCGCAGAUGAUGAAGUGACGGUACGUGAGCAAGUGCUGAAGGCCGAAGGUGUGGAGAAUUUGCGUGUCAGUGUCGUGAAUGAGGAACAUUUGAGUGUGAGCAAAAGUUCGGAAGCGAUCAGCAUAAAGCAAGUCUCGUCCGAGAACUUGCAUGUGGACACUGACCGUCAGUCGAAUGCGUCCAUCUCGGAGGGAGAUAAUUCGGUAUUCGCGGAAGACCCUACCUCGGCCACGCAGCCGGAAGCGGAACCGCAUGGAACAGGACCCAUAACGGGCAGCUACACGCUGUCCGAUCCUUCCGGCGAUCCUCGGCGAAGAAUGAAGAAAAGUGAAUCGGAAAACCAGGAGGAGGUGGACGAUAUCGAAUUGAUUUUUUCCUCCGAUGACAAUGCGAAGGACAUCACCCAGGAGGAUCUAGUGUCGAUAUCGGAUUACGAACCCUGGCACGAGGCGGGUCAGUCGGGCACGCCGGUCCUGGUCAGCUUCACCAACCUGGCGUCCGAUCAGGAGAAGAUGGGCUCGCUCGAGCGCAGCGACAGUGAGGUGGUCGAAGGGUACGAGCUGGAGAAGGGCAAAAGCCUAGAAAGCCAAGACUCGCUAAGUAUGGACAACAUGAAGAAAAGUAUGGAUUUUAGCACAAAGUCGUCCAGCCUGGAGAAGGACUCGAGCCUGGAUUAUGGUGCUUCCGGUAGCACCAUAAUCCCCGGUCUGAGUCGUGCCGCUAGCAACCAGGACGAGGAUGGAAAGCAGGGCGAUAGUUUCGAUGUCGGCGGGUCGAAUCCUCUGGCGGCCGCAGGUGCGCUGGGACGCCGCUGGACUAACUACAAUGUGCUGAUCGAGACGGACAUCUCCAAGUGUGGCAUCACGGAGGAGAACAUUUUGGAGAUGGGCCGUCGCAACACUUGCCCAAAUCCUCCCGCCUAUCGUCCUAUCAUUCAUCCGGGCAGUCGGAUGCAGCCGACCGGCGGUGCCAAUCGUAGCCCGCUAGCCGUGAAGUUCUCCCGUUCGCCACGCACCUACUCACCGCACCAGUAUCUGCCGCCGGGCAAAACGCUGCGUACCGUGAUAGCGGCUGAGAGUGGCGUCCGGGGAGCGACCGGCGACGAGGUUAAGCGCUCCCGGGCAGCACAAACCGAUAUAUCGGCCCUGGCCCAACAGUGGCGCUCCGAAACUCAUCUGACCGGUUCCGAGUACGUGCCGGGGCUGUACACUCUUCCGUCGAAGUUCGUUCCACCUCCACCCGGUGGAAAAGGUAAAUUCCCGCUCAGACCGUCGGAUAAAACGCAGGAAGCCCGCCGGGUGCUGCUGAGCGAUAUUAACUUUACCAGCAUGGUGCCAGAGCUGUCCCGAUCGGCCGAUCACCUCUGCCAGCACCAGCAGGACGAGAACGGUGACCCGAACCGGUCGCCCAACUACUGCAAAGGAAACCUGCUAAGAACACCGGAAGUCACCAAAGGCAUCCCGCCCAGCUUCAGCAUGACAUCGCCCGGCGUAUCGCAGUGGACGGUGAACGAAAGCAGCAUUGCCACGCAAACCACCCAAACGGACGCCCUGUGGACGAAUCGGGGCGAUUCGUUCGACUCGUCCAAAAGCUACUCGGCCGGCUCGCGCUACUCCACGCUCAGCAAGCACCACCGGUCCCGCAGCGUGCCCUCGAUGCGCUGUGCCAUCUGCCGGCAGACGCACCAUAACACGGCCCUGCGACCGUCGGAAAGCAUGCACUACACGCCGCGCGUCACGUUUCAGGAGCAGCCGGUACACAAAAUCCGUGGUUCACUGCCCGACCUGCGGCACGACUGCAACUGCCCCCGGCGGUACGGUGGCCCAUCGCUGUACCGGAUCCACGGUGAUUCGGGCGGGUCGACGGACAGCCUGCUGGAGGAGGCGGAAGAAUUUCUGCGCCGAUCGCUCGAGGGUGGCAAUAUGCUGGCGAUGGAAGACUCGCUCGGACAGCUUGACGUCGGUGUACCGCCACCGGCCACGGCUGGCCUGUUGCCGCACGUAACCUUUCACGGGCAUGCGGGCCACGCACAUCCUGCGCUGCAUCAUCCGACCGCAAAACAUCGGCGGUGCUCGGAAAAUGACAUCCAGAGGGACUACAUUCCCUCCAAGCAGGCGCUACCAUUUUUGCCAAAAACACCCAAAUGUCUCAAGCCGGGCCAUCUGGCGAAGGUCAUCUCGCCGACCGGACGCGUCAUAGUCGGCCGGGUACGGUACAUCGGACCGGUGGCCGGCACGGACUCGGAGGAUACUUACGUCGGGCUGCAGUUGCCGAACAAUUUGGGCGAUUGCGAUGGUACCAUCGAUGGGAAACGAUUUUUCGAGUGUGAACCACUGCACGGGAUCUUCGUACCGUUCAAGAAGGUCGUCAUGGCAUGGAACUCAUAAGAAGCGAGAACGAGUUGAGUACGCAAAGUCGCUUCAAUGGUCGCUAAAGUGGAAGGAAGAGGUAAAAGCUUCAAACUGAUGAAAAUUAGCGAACAGGACGACGAAGAGGGACCGGUACCGUUUGUGAUACAGGGAGAACCGAAUGAUUGAUUGUUUGCGGAAUGAAGGAAGGAAGGCUCGAACGGUCGAUGGAAAUAGUGGCCGAAGGAAAAUUUAUAAAAAUAUGCUCCGGAAAGACUUUGCAGCAAAUAAUGGAGAUAAAUGGAGCGGAUGCAGCAGGAUCAGAUAUUAUUACACCGAUUUACGUAACAAUGCUGGCAAGAAUUGAAGAAUUGGCCAUUAGAAUGCACUGUGCUCCAGACGAAAGGAAGCAAAGUAUUAUUGGCCAUUAGACUGUUUGUGUCCCAGACGAAGGAGUGUUAUUACAUGUUUUGUGUGAUUGUAUUACAAACAACUAUCCAGAUGCAGACAACGGAUACUCCCGAUCUACCGAAACCGUUCGCCGGGAUGUUGUUCGCCCUUUUCUUCUCCAGACGCUAGGCAGCUGUGCUGUGCUCUCGACUAGAACAAUAGAACGUGUCCUAUUUUUGAUAUCGGUGUUUGUAGUCCCAACCCUGAACCACCACCGUAGGAUACAGUCUCCACCAAGCUCAAGCAUUGUUGUUGUUAACCCCAUUUGUAUGUGCGUGUUAUGUGUACGGCGAGAGACUUGGGCAAGUUAGUGAAGAGGUUUCGAUCAGGUGUGGUGAUCAUUUGGAAGGGUGCACGAAAGUAGCGCAUAGAAAAACACAAAAUAUUCGUAAAUAUUUACAAAAGCAAGCCGAUACAGUGAUUGUACCGUUUUUUAUGAGAGAGAGACUUUCGAUGCGACUCCAUGGCGUUCAUUUGGAAUAUUUCGUACAAACAACUUGAUAAUACUAAUUUAAAAAAAACUUUCUAAUUGAUUCGCUACUUAAUUCUUUUUGAGGGAUGAUUUUUGCUACUAAAUCCCAUUUUAAAUAUUGUGUGCAAUAUAUGCCUGAAGCGAAUAGAAAGGGCGAUCACUAUCCUCUCUCUCUCUCUCUCUAGUCACAUUGUUCCGGAGUAAGCAAGUAGUGUAGCAAGAGCAAACGGUGGCAUGGAGGUAAUAUCACCAAUAUUCUAAAUAGUUGCCCAUGCAGUACGAAACUAUACAUGCUUUUGUUGGAAAUAUUACAGAACAAUAUACACGUUUAAAUAUGAUGUUGGAUGAAUUGAACGUAAACUCCCGAACCGGUCCUUGCGGUCGUCCGAUGUUCGAGGGGUAGUGUAGCAGUGGAACAGCAUUUAAGACAGAAGUCAGCCAUAUAAUUCGAUUGUUGUCCAGAUAAGUUAAGCAACACAACUGAACUGGUUUUAAACACAACACCUAACAAAACCGGCACUUGGGGCUCGGAUUGUGUGACGAUAAUUGUGUGUAUGUGCAUAUGAUUGUUGAAUGUGGUUAUCUUGCAUUAGAGUCCCAUACCGGCAAUUGCUAUACAUCUAUAGAUAUAUACCGUGCGCUACACAGCACAUACAUGCUAGCAGAGGUGUUUACUAAUGUUUAUGUGACCACAACGGUGGCAAAACCUGUGUGAAAUGCGGUAACAAAAGUACGACAUUCAAUAAGAAGAUGGUAUUAUAUAUUUACGUGUAGCUCAGCGCAGCCAUUAGCCGCAGCCUCCAACUGCAAGAACCCCCAGUAUGGAUGGAGCAGCCGGUAACUAAACGUAACAACUGUAACAAUACAAACUGCAAACAUGAUAACAAAUAAAGAACAGAUGCAACACUA